AGGUUUCCGACCGGUACUUUAGAAGUAACGCACGCUUGGGGGUGGUGCGCGCAGGGGUGACGCAGCUACGCGCGCAGGGCGGGGCGGGGCCUGGCUGGGCCACGGCGCUGGCGGCUCUGAGUUUUCAGUGCGACUCCAGCCCGUGGCCCCGCCGCCAUGAGCACCAAGCAGGUCACCUGCAGGUAUUUUAUGCAUGGCGUAUGUCGUGAAGGCAGCCAGUGCCUGUUUUCACAUGACUUGGCGAACAGCAAGCCAUCCACCAUCUGCAAAUACUACCAGAAGGGCUACUGCGCCUAUGGUGCACGCUGCAGAUAUGAUCAUACAAAGCCCCCAGCUGCAGCAGGUGGAGCUGUGGGUCCUGCACCCCACCCUUCGCCCUCCUCAGGCCUGCAUAGUCCUCACCCUUCUCCUGACAUUGCCACAUCUGUUAUGAGGACACUUUCACAUGAACCUGGGAAGCGGGAGAAGAAGAUGCUGGUGCUCAGAGACCGCAAUCUCACUGGUCUGGCUGAAGACAAGACUCCUCCAAGCACAGUGAAUAAUCCAGGUGGCUGCAGUGACCCUCAGACCAGCCCAGAGAUGAAGCCCCAUUCCUACCUAGAUGCCAUCAGGACUGGCCUGGAUGACUUGGAGGCCAGCAGCUCCUACAGCAAUGAGCAGCAGUUGUGCCCCUAUGCUGCUGCUGGGGAGUGCCGGUUUGGAGAUGCCUGUGUCUACCUGCAUGGGGACAUGUGUGAGAUCUGCAGGCUUCAAGUCCUCCACCCCUUUGACCCAGAACAAAGGAAAGCUCACGAGAAGAUGUGUAUGUCAACAUUUGAACAUGAGAUGGAAAAGGCCUUUGCCUUCCAAGCGAGCCAGGACAAAGUGUGCAGCAUCUGUAUGGAGGUAAUCCUGGAGAAAGCAUCUGCUUCUGAGAGGAGGUUUGGCAUUCUCUCCAACUGCAGCCACACCUACUGCCUGUCCUGCAUCCGUCAAUGGAGAUGUGCCAAGCAGUUUGAAAACCCAAUCAUCAAGUCUUGUCCAGAGUGCCGUGUGAUAUCAGAGUUUGUAAUUCCAAGUGUGUAUUGGGUAGAAGAUCAGAAUAAAAAGAAUGAAUUAAUUGAAGCUUUCAAACAAGGAAUGGGGAAAAAAGCAUGUAAAUACUUUGAACAAGGCAAGGGGACCUGCCCCUUUGGAAGCAAGUGCCUUUACCGUCAUGCUUACCCUGAUGGGCGGCUGGCAGAGCCAGAGAAACCUCGGAAGCAGCUAAGUUCUGAAGGCACUGUGAGGUUCUUUAACUCAGUGCGGCUUUGGGAUUUUAUCGAGAAUCGAGAAACCCGGCAAGUCCCCAGCACUGAUGAUGUGGAUGUGACCGAGCUAGGAGACCUCUUCAUGCACCUUUCUGGAGUGGAGUCGUCAGAACCCUAAUCAGUGUGGACUUCUAAUCAGCCUUCAUUUGGGCUGUGCAGUCAACUUUCCAAGGCAUGGUGCGGUCGCGUCUGUCACUGACCGGAGGUGACAUGGUACCGGGAUGUGAGUGCAGUAGUGAGUCCCCUUGGUCUCUUCAUGAUCCACUUUCCCUGCCCUGGUGAAGGGAAGGGAGGUCACCAAGUCCACGGAAUCACUGCAUUUAGAGUUGAGCUUAGUUGUACCUCCAGCCCCUUUAUCAGGGACCAGCUAUGUGGUCCAGCUGUUUUAAUUGAUUGCUUUUAAAUGAAACACAACUGCCAUCUUUCUUUUGUGACUUUCUUCCUUAAGCAACAGUAAACUUGCAGCUGCUCACAAAGCAGCAGAUCUGGUUUUUCUCGCCAAGACGUCGCCAGCCCUCUGCAGUGACCAUCUCUAAUAUAGUUAUUCAGCCCUGGAAUUCACGCAGCUGUGCACUGAGAACACAUUUGGUCAUACUGGUGCUGCACCAUAGUGUCUCAAGUCAACAGGUGUGUGCACAGUUGGAAAACUCCAGGGAGACUCCAUCUUACCCUCCCCCUUGUAGUGAGAGCACAAUACACAGGACUCACACUUAAACUGCUUGUUCUUGCCUAUGAAGUAGGCUCUACUCUACAUUGGUUCUGUAGUAGACAGGAGCAGUCACUCCUCUAAGGAGAACUGGGGCCAAGACAGAGCAAGUUUGUUCUAAACCUGAAUUUAUUUUUGUAAAAAAGCUGUUAUUACAUGUGUGCUUUUAGCUUGGUUGUUCAUGUAACUGUAGAGUAGGCUCCUGAAGUGGCACUGCGAGUUUGAUUAUUUCUUUUUACUCUUGAAGGAGUCAGUAGCCAUUAAACCUAAAUUUAAUUUAUUUUAUUAAAAUAACAUAAUUGAGGAAUCAUCAGAUAACUGUAUUUUAUCAGGCUCAAUAAAAACAAAAUUAAAACCCAAAAUCAUU